CCGUUACGAGCUGUUCAGGGCGGGUUCUUUGUGGUAGUCUGGAGUGGUGGUGGUGGUGCUGAAGGUUGGGGCGUUCACGCGCUUUAAUCUUGGUGAUCCAAUUGCGUGAAUCGUUCACGCUUUGAAAGGUUCUGCUUCUGACCAGCCACCCCGCCAGCUGCAAUGGCCGAGACCACUGCUCCUCUGCCCAACUACCUGUGCUGCGUCCGACCGUUCGAGCCGCGCGAUGCGCUGGCUGUGAAGACGCUCGUGUCGGAUGCGGCGCUCAGUACGGUGUGGUCCUUCUUCACGGCGGCGCUCUUCCGCGAGACGUUCUGGGAGCUGCUGAUCGCCGCGCAGGCGGUGCUGUUCGUGGUGUUCGGCGUGCCGGGCGACCUCUGCCUGAUGACCGUGCCCGCCUUCUUCGCGUUCGUGCUGGCGGCCAUCUGGGCGGCGCACCAGAUCAAGGUCAUCGCCUCGCAGAGCGACGUCAGCAACAUCCCCGACACGUACCAGUCGUUGAAGCGCACCAACUUCUGGGUGGCGGAGCUGUACGAGCCCAUCACCGGGCCGGCGGCGCGCUUCCAGCUGACGUUCGUGUCGCCGCAGGACGUGGAGAAGUACCAGACGGACCUCAAAGGGCUGCGCCGCGUCGUCGUCGGCACGUGCGGCGUGCGUAAGAAUCGCGACGACCCACAGGGCGCGUGGCUGCAGCGCAUGUCGGUGGCGAAGUCGCAUCGCGGCCACGGCAUUGGCACCAAGAUGCUGGACGUGGCCUGUCGGUUCUGCGGCGACGCCGGCCUGUCCAACGUGCGCCUGCAGACGACGGAGUGCAACGACGCCGCCAAAAGUAUGUUUUACAACCGCGGCUUCCAGAUCCUCAACUACAUCCACAAGCCGAUGUUCGCCGGCGUGCGCGUCGGCGUCUACAUGUUCACGAAGAACGUGAAGCCCAGCCGUCAGUCGCUGGAGGCGUAACGGCGCCCAGCGGGGUGACGUCACGCUGUCGGGAUGACGUGGUGUUGGCGGAGUAAUGCAACGGUGCUGUGACGUCACUGUGACCCGAUAACGUCGCAUUACUUUGACGCCCAUGCUGGGUCGGCCACGCAGCGCGACCAGUGCCUUCAGGAGUCUCAGACUGGCUGUGUGUGCCGCGGCAGGUAACCAGAUGUAGCCUGAUGGUCACGUCUCCGUUGGGCUCUGAUGGCCCGGCUUCGCUGUCGGUUUUCCAGAGCCAGUAGUUAUCCUGUGCGCGGGUGUCCACCGACUUGGGUCCGGUUUACAUCUUUCAUAAGAUAAUGUCGUCAGGCCGUGUAUCAUUUAGCUACUUCGUCGUUUUGAUAGCCGGGAAGUGAAAGGUCGUUUUUUACAUGCACAGAGACACUUUUUUGGUGUGUACUGGAUCUGUCUGGAUUCGCUGCGGGGUGAUUGCAUUAGGAAUGUGCCAAAUGUGCCUGGGACCAAUGGUCAUCUUGUCCAAGUAUGUAUAGCUGCCCAAGCCGCGAAGUCGUUGAACUACCAGUUAGUGACCUCACGUCUGGUCAUGCACAUCAAAAAGAGACUGUGUACGAGGUUCGUCGUCACUGUGUAUAAGCUUUGUAUUUUUCUAACAAUGUUUAACGCCGACUAAACGUCAUAAAGCCACCAGAGUCAG